GUCAGAGCCCGAGUGCGGAUGCCCAGCCACUCUCAGCCUUAAAGCCACGAGGGGUUGUUGCUAUGGGAAUGGAGAGGGGGCUUGCAGGCAGCAUCUGGAGCCUGUGUCUUUCCCUGUCCGAGGCAGCUGGAUUCGGAGGGAAGCAAAACUAAAAGGAGGUGGCAGAGAGAGACAGAGGCACAGCAAAAUGCAUGCAUGUUAGAGGAGGGACCUUCCCAGAAUGAGAGUACAGUGGGAUACAGAAGAGCGGGGACACCAAACUGUCAGGCAGCGGUGGCUCGGCUGGGUAGGACAGACCUGAUUUUCUGCUCUGAUUGACACUGGAAACAAGUCCGGUGAGAGCCCGGCUGUAGCAAGAUGGGAUCUGCCUCCUCCACUUACCGGCCCAAAUGUAUUUAUUUGGACAUUGAUGGAAGAAUUCAAAAGGUGAUCUUCAGUAAAUACUGCAAUUCCAAAGAUAUUAUGGACCUUUUCUGCAUUGCAACAGGGUUACCGAGGAACACCACCAUCUCCCUUCUGACAGCAGACAACUGCAUGGUGUCCAUCGACCCCACGAUGCCUGCCAACACAGAGAGGUCCCCAUACAAAGUGAUACCAGUUAUGACUGAGCAGCUCUCAGAGAAAGAAGAAUUGUUCCAGAAUUUAUUGGGACAGAUUGCUGAGCAGUUCUCAAGGGUUUUUAAAAUCAAUGAACUGAAAACGGAAGUAGCUAAUCACUUGGCAAUGCUGGAGAAAAAGGUUGAAUUGGAAGGCCUGAAAGUGGUGGAGAUUGAGAAAUGCAAGCGUGACAUCAAAAAGAUGAGGGAGGAAAUGGCAGCAAGGAGCAGCAGGACUAACUGUCCCUGCAAGUACAGCUUUUUGGAUGAAAACAAGAGGCCAGCUCCCCGGAGGGAUGUACCAUCCUACCCAAAGUACAUGCUGUCCCAGGAGACCAUCGAGGCUCUGCGGAAACCGACUUUUGACGUCUGGCUGUGGGAGCCCAACGAGAUGCUGAGCUGUUUGGAGCACAUGUACCACGACCUUGGGCUGGUCAGAGACUUCAACAUCAACCCCAUCACCUUGAAGAGGUGGCUGCUGUGUAUCCACGACAAUUACAGGAACAACCCCUUCCACAAUUUCCGGCACUGCUUCUGCGUCACCCAGAUGAUGUACAGCAUGAUCUCGCUCUGCAGCCUCCAGGAGAAAUUUUCCCAGAUUGACAUUUUGAUUCUCAUGACUGCAGCAGUGUGCCAUGACUUGGACCAUCCAGGCUAUAACAACACGUACCAGAUCAACGCGCGGACGGAGCUGGCCGUGCGCUACAACGACAUCUCCCCGCUGGAGAACCACCACUGCGCCGUGGCCUUCCAGAUCAUCUCCCAGCCCGAGUGCAACAUCUUCUCCAACGUGGACCAGGACCAGUUCAAGCAGAUCAGACAGGGGAUAAUUACGUUAAUCCUGGCUACAGACAUGGCGAGACACGCAGAAAUACUGGACUCUUUCAAGGAAAAAAUGGAAAACUUUGAUUACACAAAUGAAGAACACAUGACCUGUCUGAAGAUGGUGCUGAUAAAAUGCUGUGACAUCUCCAACGAAGUCCGCCCCAUGGAGGUGGCAGAGCCCUGGGUAGAUUGCUUGCUGGAGGAGUAUUUUAUGCAGAGCGACCGAGAAAAAUCCGAGGGGCUCCCGGUGGCGCCGUUCAUGGACCGCGACAAAGUGACCAAACCCACGGCUCAGAUCGGCUUCCUCAAGUUUGUCCUCAUCCCCAUGUUCGAAACAGUGACCAAGCUGUUCCCAGAAGUGGAGGAGGUGAUGCUCCAGCCUCUGUGGGAAUCCAGGGACCACUAUGAGGGGUUAAAACAGAUAGAUGAUGCUAUGAAAGAGCUGCAGAAACAGAAAAGUGAAGGUUUGACCACCGGCAGUACCGAAAAGUGAGCGGAGGCAGCCUUUGAACAAACAAACCACGAGCCUCGAGGCUACUCUGGUUUGAGAAAUGCUCCAUUAGCCAAGCAGAGGUGGUGGCUACAUCAAAAUCCAAGUGGGACCAUGCAGGGAGAGAUGGAUCCACAGCCUGCAGCCUCCUCACAGAGGGGAUGCUGCCAUCGGACACUGCGGGCUCCCAGACCUGGCAGGAUUCCCCAGGCUCCAGCAUUCCCACCACAGCCUCCUAGCAGGAUUCUCCAAACUCCUGAAUCCUCACCACAGCCUCCUGGCAGGAUUCCCCAGGCUCCAGCAUUCCCACCACAGCCUCCUGGCAGGAUUCUCCCUGCAGAUGCUGCUCAGGCUGCAGCACAGCUCCAUCCUCCAGCAGAUCUGCCUUUCUGGUGACCCAGCUGCCCACAGUCUGUAGAGACAAAUCAGAGUUUAGCUAAGGAGCCUUUUCUGGGAAAUGAUGCCCUGGCACCAGGGGUUGUUUUAGUCAAGACACUCUCUGUGUGUGUACAGCAGUGUGCUAAUUACAGCAAAAAUGUUAUACACUGACAAGGGUCCAGGCAUGCAUUUGUGUUUGCCUGGUAGGCCCUAAUGACACAUUUCUCCUCAUUAUUCUCUGAAUUUUAUAGUGUUCACAGUACAUUCAGAAGCCCAGCAUAGUGGAUGCAAUUUUCUUUUUUUUUUUCUACACUAGAAGAAAUCAGAAGAAACCUUAAUGAGUUUGCAGGGUUGCUUUGUACAGCUGGACACCAUGGGAUCCUUCAGCAUGAGCAAAGAAGGGAGCACAAAGCUGAAAAAACCAUGCUGCAAACACAUUUUUAUCCUUGUUGAUGCAAAAAAAAAAAAAAAAAAAAAAAAAAAACCAAAAAAAAAA